AUGCUGUUCUUGCAACUGCGAUUGCUAGCAGUUCCCCUCCCAGGUGGUGACAAUAAAGAUGACUUCCAGGAUCCAGUGUCCUUCCAAAUCAUCCAGAUCUCAUCCUUUUACAACCAUUCCUGGGUACAAAAUCUGGGUUCAGGUUGAUUGGGUGAGUUGCAGACACAUAGAUGGGAGAACAACUCUGGUACUAUCAUUUUCAUGUGGCCCUGGUCCAAGGGCAACUUCAAGAAUGAAGAAAAGAAUGAAGAGUGGAUGGAAUUGGAAAAGCUAUUCCGCGUGACCUCCAUUGCAUAUCUUCAGGCAGCUCACAACUUCGCCAAUCAAUGGAAGCUUGAAUAUCCCUUUGAGUUACAGACGGCAGCAGGCUGUGAGCUGCACUUUGGUGAAGGCUCAGUGGGCUUCAUGUGUAUUGCUUAUCAAGGAUCAGAUUACCUGAGCUUCCAGAACAAUUCAUUUUUGCCAUCACCAAAGGGUGGAAGUAAGGCUCAGCAUGUCUGCAGACUCCUAAAUGAGGAUAAAGUCAGCCUGGAAAUAACAGACAGGCUCCUAAGUGACAGCUGCCCACGUCUUCUCUUGAGUCUUCUUGAUGCAGGGAAGGCAGAUCUCCAGAAAUAAGUAAGGCCAGAGGCCUGGCUGUCCACUGGCCCCAGUCCUGGCCCUGGCCAUCUGAUGCUGGUUUGUCACGUCUCUGGCUUCCACCCAAAGCCUAUUUGGGUGAUGUGGAUGAGGGGUGAGCAGGAGCAUCUGGGCUCUCAGCGAAGUGAUGUCUUGCCCAAUGCUGAUGGGACAUGGUAUCUUCGGAAGUCCUUGGAUGUUGAGGUCACUGAGGCAGCUGGCCUGUCUUGCCGGGUGAGACACAGCAGUCUAGGAGGCCAGGACAUCAUCCUCUACUGGGAACAUCGUAGCUCCGUGGGGUUGAUCAUCUUGGCAAUAAUUGUGCCUCUGGUGCUUCUGACAGGUCUUGCAUUUUGGCUUAGGAAGUGCUGGACACAGUGUCAACCUCCAAGCACUAUUCCCCCUUUGGAAUGA